GCAACAUCUAGGUCAUAACACUGGCAUUGCUUUGAAGAUAUUCUAGAUUCCUUCUUGGAGAACUUGCGAUAUUUGAUCGCUAUGUUUGUGAUGGACAUUCGUCAAGUCCAUGACGUAGCUUUCUACAUUGCCUGAGCGUCUGGAAUUUCACGAACAAUACUAAAGUCCGAACGAGUAGACAGUACUGUACUGUCACUGCUGCCCCGAAUCCUGAAAUGAGGAUCUUGCUCUCACGACCUGGUAUCGUCGCCAUUUCCUCCCUGCUCUGAUACAGAGCACGUAAUAUUCGUCCCGCCAUGGCCGCGUCUGAAUCAUUUUCUUCGUCGAUGCCGGCAUAUUUCCGCCAACGUCCAGCACUCGUCGACGACUUGGAGACCGAAACGUCCAAACUCCAGAGUGCUACUUUGGACGAGUGCUUACCACUUUUGACGGCUGUGGAUAACCCUUCAAGGAGUCCAUUUGACUUCAAUGAGUUCGGAUUGCCCGGCCUGGAAAGGGAAGACCAUGUAAACUUCCUUCACGAAAACUUGGCCGAGUUCCCUGCACCCUUCGUUGGCAUUGAUGCUAGUCGCCCUUGGAUGGUUUAUUGGGCACUACUCGGUCUUUACUUGUUAGGAGAAGAUGUGUCUCCGUUUCGAGCUAGGGUGGUGAAAACGUUCUAUCCAAUGCAGAAUACGAGUGGGGGCCUCGGUGGUGGGUUUGGACAAUACUCUCAUCUGGCUGGAACAUAUGCAGGGUUGCUGUGUCUUGCCCUCGUUGGAGGGGAGGAAGCUUACUCGUUGAUUGACCGCAAGGCAAUGUGGCAUUGGCUAGGACGACUCAAACAAGCAGAUGGAGGCUUUCAAAUAUGCGAGGGAGGGGAGGAAGACGUUCGUGGAGCAUAUUGCGCCUUGGUGGCCAUCUCAUUGCUCAAUCUUCCACUUACUUUGCCGCCCGGCUCUCCUGCGCGUGAGGCGGGUCUGGAAGCCUUCACAGACGGGCUAGGUCAAUAUCUUUCCCGCUGUCAGACGUAUGAAGGUGGUAUUGCAAGCUCGCCAGGGAACGAAGCACACGGGGCCUACGCCUUCUGCACUAUUGCUUGCCUAUGUCUCUAUGGCGUACCCCAUGUCACAAUCCCCAGGUUUCUCGACGUUGAUGGACUUGUUUCCUGGCUCUCUGCGCGGCAGUACGCACCCGAAGGAGGCCUUGCUGGACGGACGAACAAGCUCGUCGAUGGUUGUUACAGUCAUUGGGUGGGAGGUUGUUGGCCUCUGGUAGAAGCGGCUUUGGCUGGCCCCCGGGAUCGUCCCGGGCACAUACGGAAAGAAGUGAAUGAGAAUCUGUAUAGCAGCGAAGGGCUCGCAAGGUACAUACUUUGCUGUUGUCAAAGCCCUCAUGGUGGGCUGAGAGACAAACCUUCGAAACGUCCAGAUUCUUACCACACCUGCUACAACCUGGUUGGGCUGGGUAAUGUCGCACACUCUCACACAUAUGCCCAGGUGGCUGCGGCGGAGCCAUAUGCUUCAGCUUUUUCCUGGGAGGCUUCUAGAGCCCAGGUACCCAGUGAAGGCGAUCCGGGCAGCAUUUUUGACACAGGUGCUGGCGUCAGGGCUCUCAACCCAGUCUAUGUCAUACCAUACAAGUCUGUCCGCGAGAUUCGAGCCUGGGCGAUAUCGCAACCGGUUGAUUUGGGAGAAUAAAUGUGUGGCAACGUGCCCUUUUUGCCUGCAGGUGGCCAUCAUGUUGAGCUAGUGCCUCCGUAGAUCCAGGAUCCAACCUCAUAGCAAGCUUGAUGUAAAACAU